GCGCACUCUACGGCAUUGUCACUACGGAUGGUAAAAUCUGUUCGCGGGUCAUCUCCUUUUCGUAUCCGCCAUUCGUUACCACACGUGGCGGUGGUACAUCGGUUAAACCAUGGGUCGCAUCCCGACGGUGCACAGUAAAACGUACGUGACGCCCCGACGUCCGUUCGAGAAGGAGCGUCUCGACCAGGAGCUCAAGCUCAUCGGCGAGUACGGGCUGCGGAACAAGCGCGAGGUGUGGCGAGUCAAGUACACGCUCGCCAAGAUCCGUAAAGCGGCCCGAGAGCUGCUCACGCUCGACGACAAGGACCCCAAACGGCUCUUCGAAGGCAAUGCGUUGCUUCGUCGACUAGUGCGUGUGGGUGUGCUGGAGGAGAGCAAGAUGAAGCUCGAUUACGUGUUGGGUCUGCGCAUUGAGGACUUCCUGGAACGCCGCCUGCAGACGCAGGUCUUCAAGCACGGCCUCGCCAAAAGCAUCCACCAUGCCCGUGUGCUCAUCCGGCAGAGGCACAUUCGGGUCCGCAAGCAAGUGGUGAACGUGCCCUCCUUUGUGGUCCGGCUCGACUCCGAGAAGCACAUUGACUUCUCGCUCAAGUCUCCCUUUGGUGGUGGCCGCCCAGGACGUGUCAAGAGGAAGAACAUGCGCAAGGCACAGGGAGGCACUGCGCAGGAGGAAGAGGACGACGACUAGACUGUGUGCCCCUUACCCCUCUCCAGAUGCAAAUAAACAACAACCGUUGCUUGUUUGCA